AUGGUGGAUCUCAAAAUAGUCAUAAAUCGAAACUCUGACAAAUUCUGUUUGAUGGAUAAAAAUGCAAAUCUUAUGAAUGCUAAAAUCAAGCUCAUGGAUGCAACUUUUAAAGUGCGUAAAGUUAAAGUCAGCGAAACUAUCAGUAAAGCACACGCGUUAGAUUUGAGAUCAGUACCUGCCACUUAUCCUAUACGUCGCGUGGAAUAUAAAGCUUUUACCAUUCCCGGAAAUCUUCCACAGAUAAGAAAAGAUAAUAUGUUCGCAGGGAUCAUUCCUAAGACAUUUGUAUGUGGAUUUGUGGACGCUGAUGCUUUCAGCGGAGUCUAUGGAAAAAAUCCAUAUAACUUUCAACACUUUAAUGUGUCGUCGGUGACAUUAACUGCAAACGGUGAAGAAAUACCCUUCAAACAACUUGUCCUUAACUACAAAGAAAACAAAGAGAGUUUCAUUCAAGCGUACAACACAUUAUUCUCUGGUACAGAAAAAAUGAACUAUAACACAGGUGUCGAUAUCUCUAGAGAAGAUUAUUUCAAGGGAUUCACCAUUUACGCAUGGGAUCUCACUCCAGAUAUGUGUGGUGCCUCUCCUUAUUUUAAUACAGUACAGCGAGGAUCGUUGACACUUGACAUCACGUUUGCUGCAGGGGAUGUUCCAACUAAUCCUUUUUCCUUGGUAUGCUAUGGAGAUUUUGAAAAUGUUAUACAAAUCGAUUCCGAAAGGAAUGUAAUCUACGAUAUAUCUUCAUGA